AUGCAGCAUCGAGGCCAGGGCCUAGGGACAAAGAAGACCAUCCUGCGUGUGAUCAUCCUCUGUGCAGCCUCGGUCAUUUUCACCAGGGUCUAUGUUGCUCACAUCACCCGCAGUGCAGCCAGCUCUCAGGCAGCCACCAGCGCUGAUCUGGCAGGCCUGAGGGCAUCCCUGCAUGAAGAGCAGCCUUCUCUGCAGCAGACAGCAACGCAGAGAGGAUCAUCCAGAAUCAGCCCGACAGAUCGAGCUUACAGCGGCCAAGCUGCAAGGUCUGAGGAGGGACGGGCAGACGGGGGCGGAGAUGUGCCCAAGCAGCAGGCUGAAGUGUUGAGGCAGGAGGCAGCAAGGCCCAAAAUAGGGCAGCAUGAUGACUUUGUUGUGGUGCUGUCGGUCGACCAUGACAAGCACGAGCUGCUGCAGGCAACAGAGCAGCUGUGGCAGGGCAUGCGCCUUUUUGUGGUGUCCAACACAAGCAGCCGGCUGCAGCCGAUGCCGGCCAGCAUUGAGCACUGGGCAGUCUACGAUGCUGACAAGCCAGCCCGAUCCUACUCAGAGACUGCCACACAGAACGCCCUGGGCCCAUUCCUUGCCCACAGCAGCCUUGGAUCAACCUUCAAAUGGGCCUUCUUUGGGACUCUAAAUGCUCACACCGCUUUCUUCCCUGAGGCAGCAGCCAGAGCUGUGCAGGGGCUUGACCCUGAAACGCCCUACUUCCUGACCGACAACAUGUGGUACGCGGACUCCAAUUUCGGCGGCGCCUUUCACCCGCACCCCAAAGUGCCCGCGUGCCUGCCAUGCAGCUACGCGCAGAACACAUCCGAGCUGGAUUUCCCCAUGCCAAAGAUGUGCCCCUGCAAACCUGCCGACCUCUGCGCAGCCGACACCAUCGGACUCUUCCCAGGCUCUGCUGACGGCAUCUGUGGGAUCCCUAACUCACCCCUGCUGCCAGACCCCAUCAGCAAGAAGGCCAUUCCCAUCAAGGUCUCUCGCCACCUGGGCAACCUGCUGUCGGCCGCUGUGGGGUCCUGCAAAGGACUCUGUCAGCUCGAGCUGGACCGAGUGGUGUCGCUGCACCUGAACAGCGGGUCGCUGGACACGAACAAUUGCACGGCUGACACUGCGCAGCUCUUCGGAGCAAUCCUCUCCUUCCUCAAGAAUCUGAAAGCCCAGACAGCCCCUGAAAGCCGUUCUGGGCCUGACCAACUCAGAGAGCCAGUUGCCGUCACUUCCGCAAUCAGGACGGAGGUGGGCGCCGCGGAGGGCGUUGCCUCCCAGCUGCUGCAGGAGCUGGCGGGCGCUGCAGCCCUGAUCAGCGCUCGCAAAGGCAGCCAGGCACGGCGCACGUUCAAAAGGGAGCAUCUCACGAGGACUUGGGGGCGCCAGCCUCCACCCACACCCGUCAACCCGCCAACAAGCCUCAGAGGCGACCCAGCAACUUAUGGCAGCAAUGCAAACCGGGGGGUCCAGGGGCAGAAGAGGUGGAGCUGGUGGGGGGACCCGGAGCAGCUGCCAGCCAGGAAGCAGAAGAACAGGCGCCAGUUCUUGCGAGAGGAAGAAGAGCCAGCGCUGCGCGCUGAAGAUUUUGUGGUUGCCAUUGCCACCCAUAAGGCCCGGGAGCCAAUUCUGGCUGCAGGCAGGCCUUCCAGACAGGGAGCACAGACAUUUUAUGCGACCAACCAUGAGGGGCCCCGGGCAAAUGACUCCGUUACCUUUGGUGAGAAUUGGGGCUACUACCCGGAUGCUGAGCCCCUGCGCUCCUUCUUUGCUGGGGACCCCCGGGCCGCCAUCGUCCCCUUCCUGGCCUACAAGGAUCUGAACGACACCUUCAAGUGGCUCUUCUACGGCGAUGACGACACUGUCUUCUUUUUGGAGGGCGCCAUGAAUGUUGUCAAAGACUUGGAUCCCAACAUGCCCUACUUCCUCACAGACAACAUGUGGUUCUCGAGAGAGAUGGGCAAGGGCUCGUACCACCCCCACCAGGGCGCUCCCCAAUGCACACCAUGCGGGUACUCAAAGGACACUUCUGGGCUGCCCUAUUCUCUGCCGCCGGGCUGCCCAUGCCGAGUGGAAGAGCUGUGCCGCGCUGACAAUUCAGGCGUCCUCAACAAGCCGCCCAAGGCCUGUGGCGUGCCCAGGGUGCCUGCGCGCACGUAUUCCAUGCACGGGGGAGCGGGAGCGCUCAUCAGCGUGGGCUUGCUGAGGAGCGUGUCAUAUGACCACAUGCACCGCUGUGUGCAUGGUGCGUACUCGUCCGGCGGCGAUGCCUUCAUCACAGAGUGCCUGUGGGAGGCUGGGUAUGGGAUGACUAAUCCAGACCCGCUGUGGCACCCCCGCAACCUCAGCAUGUUUGACCCCUGCCCGGCCGGGCCGCACCCGGACGAUGACAUCCUGCCCAAGGCUGCCCACACUCUGGGCAACCUCCUUUCCGCAGCCGCCCGCACCUGCCACGGCCUCUGCAAGCUGGAGGUAGAGCACACGGUAGCGCUGCACCUGCGCUCGCGCAGAGUGGGAUCCGACGAGGCGGUCUACCAGGUCACAGACCUCUUCUCCACCCUGCUCGCGCGGCUGGCACACCGAGAGGUUCACAUCGAUCUGCAGCUGCGCGCUGGCCACCGGCAUGCUGCCAUAGAGGCGCACAUUGACACCGCUGUGUCUGUGCUGCGUGCCACCUCGUUGGCAAGCCUGGGUGACAUAGAGGGUGAGUCUCCAGAGCUGCGAGCCAUGUUGAGCAGCGCGGGCACCGGUGCGGCCAGAGUUGUGGCGCGAAAGCUGCUGGACACAGUGGUCAGGGAAGCCCGGGACUGGGAGCUCGAGCUGGAGGCACGCAAGAGACAGGCAGAAGGCCCUGCACCUCAGACGGCUUUAAAUGAGAAGGAUGCUGGCUGCCACGAGGCGGCACAUCUAUGCAAUAAGCCUGACAGGCCCACAUGGAGAUGAGAGUGUCACAGAAUACUCUAGCAUCAUGAUAAUGUUGGUGGCUGGGUCACCCCUGCAUGCCUGGUGCUGCGUAGCCUGCUCGUAUAUGUGAGCCGUGACUUUUAAAGUCAUGCCAUGACUUCUGUGGUGCGCCAUGACUCUAAAAGUCAUGCUAUGACUUCUGUCUCUCGGACAUGCAUGGCAGGGCGUGCCACAGCUUGACACGUGGCUGCUUGGGGAGUUCACCCCUGCUGAGCUCUGCGCUCAGGAGUUUAGGACCAGCUUUUGUGGUUGCAACAGAGAGGGUGGAUGGUCAUGGGUGAAUCGGUGGACAGAAGAGUUCCCUGCCGCUUCAAGCAAAGAUCACCAACCCAUCAAGAGCGGCCCUGUUUUGUGCUAGCAGACAGCGCAGCAAAUAAGAUCAUUGUCAUUGCUACUGAGGACAAUUAAGAUCGUGCGCGUGCCCAUGUCUCAGCGAUUGCGAGUCUGUUUAUAUUUUGUUGGGCCGCCAAGUGCACAUUUGCGCGGCGCCUGCUUGGGAACAAAACAGCCUGCCGGUAUGCUCUCUGGGUUAUCCCCCCGAGGAGAAAUGCCUAGCUUAGAUAGUAUGUCUAGAUCCUGCCUGUGGGAAGAAGCCGGGGGAGUAAAGUGAAAAAGAACUACGUAC